GGAAAAGAAGCUUCAAUGUGAACUAACCGAAAAUCGAUCUAAGAACUUAAUUUCAGUUAUUUCAAUAUCUCCAGAGCAAAAUCAUGUAAGUAGAAAAGAAAAAUGCCAAGAAAUUUCCGUCACGAACUUACGUGACGAUCGACAAAAUGAAACUAACGCUGAGGAACCUGAUGAAAUUGAACCCAUUAAAAGUCAGUAUAUAGAACAAGGAUUAAUAAAAGAAUUGCUUAAUAGCAACCCUAUUAUAUCGUCAGUUAUAAUCCCAGAAUAUCGAACGUUUCAAAUUACAACACAAAGCUUAGUCCAUUUAUUUCAUUAUGCAUUACGAUCUAGGCAUGAAGAAAUCCUAGCAUGGUAUAAUUACUCAGAUAAUUUUGAAAAUAGAGUUAUCGAAAUUUGCCAUGAAUUAGGGGUUACAGAUAAAACUGCCAGAAUGCAAUUAUACAAGGAAAUGUUAAAAAAUCUACCUG